AUGCCGGAAGGUCCGUACUGCCUUCUAUGUGGAGGUUUUAUUCAUUACCGAUCCCCGACAGCACAAUGGCAGACUGAGUUUCGUGCCGUUCGCAUUCCCGGCGGCGGCGGCGAAGAAAGGACGCCAUUUUUGACUGGCGUUGGUGGAGAGAUCGCCUACACCAUUCCGUUCUCAGCUCCUUCAGAUCGAGAUCAACGCUAUAAUGAUAGAGAAUACAUGUUCUCUCCCCUGGAUGCGUUCACACCUUUCCAUUCCCCAACUUACCGUCCCGAUAUUGGAUACGUAUUUCAUGACCAAUGUUGGAACCUGCUUAAUGCUCUUAACUACCCGGACCCUCCCGGUUCACCGCCUCUACGACAUCUUUCGGUCACUCCCCUUACGGUCUCUACAUUGGUGAAGACAUAUCCGAUCUAUUACCCGUGGGAGGAGGCUCGCCUCGCUGGCAUGAUCACGGGCUCUGUGACUAGACCGAAGCUGUCUCCGUACUACUACUGCAAACAGGAUCCUUGGGAUAUCCCAGAGUUACGACAGAUCUUGGCUGAAACUAAAGAGAGCCCUGCCCAGGAAUUCAACAAUGAUGAUCUGAGGAUAUCUUGUAGACCGCAACGGCAUGCGGAUUGUUUCUCGGAGUUGCCAGUGGAACUACGUGAGCAGAUUCUGACGCAGCUGCUCGUCAAAGAUGUUGCUAGCCUCAGGCUAGCUUCAAGGUCCUUCGCCUGCCUACCACUCUCGCAGUACUUUUGGUUUUCCCGGUUUCUGCCGGGCAUGGACAGAGAUUUUAUCUUCGAGGCUACAAGACCGGACAGUGAAUCUGCCGUGAACGCUAGAUGCCGUGACUGGCGAACGUUAUAUGAGAAAACAGGCCAGAUCUUGCUCGAAGGGGGAGCUUUGGCGAAUCGGCCGUUAGAUAAAAUGCGUUUGGAGAAAGCAGACCAAUACAAUAAUAUCGUGUGGAAAGUUGCCGGGGCACGCUAUAACCAUAUGUCAUAUGAUAUGCUUUACGUACAGGCUGCUCGUUUACCACGCGAAAUAUCUCAGAUCGCAGUGUCAUUCAUAACACUCAAUGGUAAGCAGCAUGUCUCAGGAAUUCGACUAUGUUCCCGCAAGGAGCCAGGUGUGGAUAUGGGCUACAUCAUCCCGGCGAGCGAAAUUGUCCUGGACCUAGAAAACGAAGAGGGUGCUUCAGCAACGCUAUCAGGAUUUAUAACUUCUAUUAGUCCCGAUGGGAUACGUGCGCUGCAAGCUACCACUCUUGAAGGAAGGUUAUCGAACUGGGCUGGGUGUCCGGACGCUACGCCGGUGACGCUGCGACUUUGUACCAACGACCGUAUAUCCCAUCUGAAGUGUGCAUUUGAUGGGUUUAAACUCGUCGAGCUCUUCGUGCCAGACACAGAAGUCGGCUCGCAUGAACGGCCACCACAAGUCCCCCUGCGGACAAAUGCGAUCUGGUACCCUAACGUCCCACCAGAAGAUGUUUACCUGCAUGAAUCUACUUUUCCAGGCAAAGAAGUGCCGCAGUCCGAGUACCAUCCACUCAUCCACGUAAUGUUCGGUGGUCCUGAGGGCUCAUAUCUAAAAUACCUGACACGGAUAUCCGUUACGGUUUCAAGACAGGAGAUUGUGGGGAUAGAUUUUGAGUAUGGGGCAGAGGGUGCGCCGGUCGAGCGGCUACGGGCAGGUCGUAACCCCAAGGGUGCAGAUGACUCGUUGAAGAUAUCUUUCACUAUCGAUGGGCCGGCUGGAGAACUUCUUACUGGUAUACAAGCAAACGGGGACUUUGGGAAGAAUAUCACUUCAAUAAAGGUCAUAACAAAUCACAACAGACAAUUCACCUUCCAGCCAAAUGCAAUUCCCCAAUUGAAGUUCCCACCAGGGCCACAGGUCCGCAAAAGGAUGGGAAAAAUUGAAACAACCCCAGGAACGACUAUAAUAGGGAUAUACGUUAUGCACCAUCAUGUAUUCAGCAUGAUAGCACUCGGGCCUAUAUCGAAAAGAUUACCAGGGUAUUGCGACAACGAUCGUCUGGCGAAAGACGAAUGCGAAAUCAAAUCAUCAUCAUCAUCAUCACGAAGAUCCAGCAGCUGGGCAGGCUAA